AUGAGCUCAGUUGGUGAUGCUUCAUAUUGGAAACAAAAAUAUGAAGAAUGCAAAUUUGAACUGAACGAGUUCCAAGAAAGUUCCGCAGAAUUGGAACAAGAAUUGGAGAUCCAAUUGGCUCAGUCAGAGAAGAGAAUCAAAGACCUUGAAUCAAGUUUAUCUCGAUCUCAGAUGGAAAAUGAGUCUCUCAAGAGUAAAUUGACCCAAGUGACCAAAGAGAGUACAGAAAAAAUAGCAAAGUUACAGAAAACUCUGUCCGAAUAUGAAGCUGUCAAUUUAAAAAUGUCUCACACCAUAAGGACGUUGGAACAAUCAAAUGAUGAUUUAGAAAGAGCCCAAAGAGCUUUGAUUGUAUCACUAGAAGACCUGGAAUCUCAGUUGAAUCAACAAAUAGAAAAGAAUGUCUUUCUUGAAACAAACAAGUGA